AAAUAUUCCUCAUUUUGAGUGUUUUUCAUGUAAUCAAACGUGUGAAUGUGAAAAUGUUCAUGGCAAGUUUGGACGCGUGCUAUUACUGUAAAUGAACUGUGAUUUCCUUAACUUGAAGUCGUUACUGGAUUUUCAUUACAACACACCAUGUCACUUCCUGCUGAAUUCCUGUCAGAGGAGCAGUUGUCCUGCUCUAUCUGCUUAGACAUCUUCACCAAUCCUGUCUCCACACCCUGCGGGCACAGCUUUUGCUUAGCGUGCAUCACCUCCUAUUGGGAGGGCCAGGCAAAAUCAUGCCUCUGCCCUCUGUGCAAGGAGAACUUUCGAAAGCGCCCUGAGCUCCACAUUAAUCACACGCUCAAAGAGAUCACUGAGCAGUUUAAACGGAUGGCGGAGACCCCUGAGAGUCCUAGGAAUGCGACUGGAGACUCCGUUGCCAACUCUUUCUCUGCGCCGAAGCAUGUAGGCCAGUUUAGACCACCAGAGCUGUCCGACCAGCUUGUAAAAGAAAUCAAGAGCCGCUUUCGAAGAUCUGCAUCCAGUGAGCUUUUGACAUCUCCACAGCCAUCGGCAUCAAAUGAUUCUCCCUCCCCUUCUGCCUUAUUGACACCUAAAAGAUCUUAUAGUGUGAGUGUAACCGAUGGAGGAGGUUCCAGCGGGCCACAGUGUCCCAGACAUGGACAGUCAAUGGAGAUGUUCUGCAAGACAGACCAGGCAUGUAUUUGCCCAUUGUGUGCACAGACAGAGCAUCAGGGCCAUUCUGUGGGGCCUGCCCAAAGAGAGAUGAAUAUUAAGAAGUCCCAGUUGCGUAUCAUGGAAGUGGAGCUUCAAGGUUUGAUCACAGUCAGAGAGAGGAAGAUAGAGGAGAUCCUCAAAUCACUCGGAGAAAUUCAAUCAAAUGCAGAUCAAGAGAUAGCAGGUACUGUGGGUAAGUUCAGUGAGUUGAUGAGUGCUGUGGAGAGGUCCCAGGCUGAGCUUUUGGAGGUGGUGGAGAUGGGACGCCGAGCCGCGGAGCAUCGCUCUAGUGCCCUCAUACGAGACCUGGAGACUGAGAUCUCUGACUUAAAAAAAAGAAGCAGCAACCUCUAUCAACUUGUUCAGUUCCAAGAUUAUUUCAACUUUUUUAAGACAUAUCCAGCAUAUAGUAGUUUACCUGUGACAAAGAACUGGAAUGACGUGUCUUUGACCCCUGACCCCACAGCAGGGGCAGUCCUGAGAAAUGUCACUCAGAUGGUGAAGGAAGUGCAGGAAAAUCUGAAGAAACUGUCUGGAAACUGUUUGCACUCAGAAAACUCACUGGAAACAAAAAAUUGGAGAGUGCAGGAAUAUGCCAUGGAUGUGACCCUAGAUCGAGAUUCAGCCCAUCCACGACUAAUCAUCUCUGAGGAUGGUAAGCAGGUGCACUGCAGUGACCGCUACCAAAAUGUGCCCGACACACUGGAGCGGUUCGACCGUGUGGUGUGUGUUCUUGGUCGUGAAGGUUUUUACUCUGGCCGCCAUUACUGGGAGGUCCAAGUAGGUGACAAGACAGACUGGGAUCUGGGAGUGGCCAGCAAUUCUAUUAACAGGAAAGGAAAAAUAGCUGCCACUCCAGCUAAUGGAUAUUGGUUUCUAAGUUUGCGUGACAAGAAUGACUAUAUCUUUCGCACAGAACAAUCAGCUACUAUAACGCUGCAACCAAAACCCCAAAUCAUUGGUGUGUUUGUGGACUAUGAAAAAGGUCAAGUGUCUUUUUAUAAUGCAGAUACAAAGUCACUGAUUUAUACCUUCACUGGCACAUUUACAGGCGUUUUAUAUCCUUUUUUUAGCCCAUGCACCAACAAAUCUGGCAAAAAUGAGGAACCACUUACCAUAUGUUCUACUUACCCAGCUGACAGAAGCUGGCUGACUUAAAAAAAAAACAGAAAUGGAAAAAUGAAAUAUAACAAACAGUGUUUGUUUACUUUGGUUGUUUCAUUACAAAUUAUUGCUUACAUUUUAACAAACUUAACAUAGUGGUAUGCCAUAACAUGUAAAUAUACUAUUUUAGAUGGGUUGGGGGCUAACUAUUAAUGUAUUAUUAUAUAUAUUAAUGACUAUGUAUCUAUCAAAAAAUAAUCUUAUUUUAAAGUCAGACAAAUGGUCUAAGAAUGAUUUGGGGUGAUGAUUGUAAAAUAAUGUCCAAUUACGUUCAAAUGUGUAUUUUU